CGGCCAUGGCGGCGGGCGGGGAGGAGGAGGGCUGCGAGCAUUACCGGCGGGGCUGCCUGCUGAAGGCGCCGUGCUGCGGGAAGCUGUACGCCUGCCGGCUGUGCCACGACGGCGCCGAGGGGCACCGGCUGGACCGGUUCCGCGUGGCCGAGGUGCAGUGCACCCGCUGCCGCCUCCUGCAGAAGGCCCAGCAGCGCUGCGAGGGUUGCCACAGCCUCUUCGGCGAGUAUUACUGCGGGAUCUGCCACCUCUUCGACCGCGACAAGAAGCAGUACCACUGCGCCGAGUGCGGGAUCUGCAGGAUUGGUCCGAAAGAGGAUUUUUUCCACUGUUCGAAAUGCAACUUGUGCCUAAGCUUGAGUCUGCGAGGAAAGCACAAGUGCAUUGAAAAUGUCUCCAGGCAGGACUGUCCAAUAUGUUUGGAGGAUAUUCAUACUUCUCGUGUUGGAGCUCAUGUUCUGCCCUGCGGUCACCUCCUUCACAGAACAUGUUACGAGGACAUGCUAAAGGAAGGUUACAGGUGUCCUUUGUGCAUGCACUCGGCUUUAGAUAUGACGAGGUACUGGCGUCAGCUGGAUGACGAAGUAGCACAGACUCCUAUGCCCACAGAGUAUCAGAACAUGAUGGUGGAGAUCCUUUGCAAUGACUGCAAUGCCCGGUCUACAGUGCAGUUCCAUCUCCUAGGCAUGAAGUGCAAAAACUGUGAAUCGUACAAUACUGCCCAAGAUGGAAGAUGCCAACUGCCUUUGGAGGAGCAGUGACCAAGAUAGGUGCUGCAUUCAGCUGGACGAGGAAGACUCUGCCAUGGAAGAGACCAUCUAUUAAAAAAAAAACAAAACCAAAACAAAACCAACCACUUGUCAGUAAAAAUUUAUUCCAAGUCAUCAUGGCACCAGUGAAAUGGUUACAAGAUUUAAUUAAUGCUGGUGCAAAGGAGUUUCGCUAAUUGUGCCCCCCUCCUUAGUAUCUGGGGCACAGCACAGUCAGGCCCUUCAGGGUGGUCCCCAUUGAGCAGCGUGCUGCCCGAUGAAGGUUAGUUCCUAGAGACAAUGGCACCCUUUAAAAGAGCCAUUUACUGUGUCAGAGAAGGGACAGCCUAGAAGAAUAACUAAUGAGAUGCACAAUGGAAAUUAUAAGCAGCUGACACAGCAGAAGAUGUUUUGGGGCAGCUGAAGGUUGUGAGCAUAACAGGAGGUGGAGGUAUAGUUGUUCUGAUUGCAGCUGUUGGAGAAAAUUGGUAGCUUUGAGAGUGGCCUCUUUACAUAAAGCUGACAUCCGCAAAGUUUUGUGCGAGUACAUUUUGUUCCUUUUAAAUUACGUGUUUGUUCUAGGGCCUCAGAGCCAUCGGCGCAAGUGUCUGGAGAGGGUGAGCUUGCAGAAAUUGCAUCCCUUGGCUUGAUUUGUCGACACAUGCGCACACGCAGGACCCGUACAGAAUUCACUUUGAAACGAGGCUGGCCUGCCCGCGUAUGUGUGAUGAACGGCCUAAAAUUCAAGCCGCAAGGCCACCCUUCUCCCCUGGACACCCAUUUGACCUGCUGUCUCUUCACUUGGAUUCCUUUGCCAGCUGCAGUCAUGUUUACACCCAUUUCUUCCUCAUUUUGCUUUAUUCGCUUACAAAGGCCGAGGUGUUGUAGGGUUUUAGGCAUAUAUGUAGCUUGAUGUUUUGAUGGUUAAGUACAUAAGUGAAGCACAUCCUAUUGUCUUGUCAGGAUUGACAUUGGGCCAACUAGUGCGGCUGAGCCUGAGAUGUUUGCUAAAGUAACAGCAGUUCAUAGAGGCACUCCAGUAGUGCAGGGACCAAUUUUCUGUGGUUUUGGGUUUUAAUAGUAUCUGA